GAAAGUCUGAAACGGUCGUCUCCUCGAGUCUGAACUCUCGAGUCUCAACCCUCGUCGUCGUCGUCUCCACCCAAUCUCUCCCAUUUCCAUUUCCAUUUCCAUUUCCUCCCAAAAAAACACACAAGACGAAAAAAGGAGAAAAAUCGCAACUUUACCAUUCGGUCCAAACUGGCGACAUCCCUUUCUCCCUCCCUUGUGCAGCAUCAAACUCGUUCAAAGGUUAGCCUUUUGGGGGUUUCUCUCGUUUGACUGACCCGGGGUGGAGUGGAGACGUGGAGUCGUUGGUGUUUGGUUCAGUAUCCUCGCUCUUCUUGGUUGUUGGUGGUGGCUCAAAGAUUGGGCUUUGACCCGGCUUUGGCCGUCGUUGACGACGGUGGAGGAGGGAUUCCUCAAUCCGCGGUGAAAAGAUUUUGGGUUUUCAAGUCUUAAUUAGGUCGGAGUGAGUUUUGAUUGUACUACUCCAUGUUUACUCGAUUUGGGAGGUGAGGAGGAGGAGGUUAGGUUACCUAGGUUUUUGGAGGGGGAGAUGGCCGGAGCGGGAGCCGUGGGGGGGAGCAACUGGGAGGAGAUGGUGAGGAGGAUGCUCCCACCGGGGACCACCAUCCCGGAGGCGCCGGCCAACCUCGACUAUUCGAUUGCGCUCGAGUACGACGGCCCUCCGGUGUCCUACGAGCUCCCCAGGAUCGAUCCCGUCGACCUGCCGGCGAUUCCCACCGCGCAGCCCGUCUCCGGCCCGCUGGUGCCCGGGAGGAGCAACGGCGUGGUGGCUCCGGUCGUCAGGCCGGUGUUUAUGCCGCCGGUGCACCGGAAGCAGGAUGCUCACCGUGCCGAGCCACCGCCGGUUGCGGCACAGGGUAGGAGGAGGAGAAGCUCGGAAUCGGUCGAUUCGGCGCCGCAGAAUGAGGGGUUCUCUGAUGAUGAUGACUCAUGCUCGGUGUCGCAAGAAUCCGCGCACAAUUUCCAUGGGCAGAGAGGUGGUAGGACAGCUGCUCAGGAGGGAAGAAGAGCUCAGGUUGUCACAUUUGGGGUCACUGAGGACAGCAGGUAUGAGAGCAAAGAGUUUGAUGAUGUGUCGGAACAGUACGUGGCGGUGACCAAGAAGGAGAAGAGAGGGAGGACCUGCAGCCGUUGCGGUAAAAGGAAGUGGGAGAGCAAGGAAUCAUGCAUUGUUUGCGACGCGAGGUUUUGCAGCUACUGCGUGCUCAGGGCCAUGGGCUCGAUGCCAGAAGGGCGCAAGUGCAUCACUUGCAUUGGCCAGCCAAUCGAUGAGAGCAAGCGGUCGAAGCUCGGGAAGGGUUCGAGGAUACUAUCACGUCUGCUCAGCCCGUUGGAAGUAAGGCAAAUACUGAAAGCUGAGAAGGAAUGCCAAGCAAACCAGCUCCGGCCUGAGCAACUCAUCAUAAAUGGUUUUCCUCUUAAUCCAGAUGAGAUGGCCAGCUUGCUUAGUUGCCAACGGCCUCCUCAAAAGCUCAAGCCUGGAAGAUAUUGGUACGACAAGGAGUCAGGCUUGUGGGGAAAGGAAGGAGAAAAGCCAGACAGGGUUGUCAGCACUAACCUAACCUUUAAUGGAAAGCUUCAGCCCAAUGCCAGUAAUGGCAACACUCAGGUUUAUAUGAAUGGAAGGGAAAUUACCAAGAUUGAACUGAGAGUUCUGAAGAUUGCACAAGUUCAGUGCCCCCGUGACACUCACUUUUGGGUUUACCAUGAUGGUGGCUAUGAGGAAGAAGGCCAAAACAAUAUCAAAGGGAAGAUAUGGGAAUCGCCUGUGACACGUUUUGCAUGUGCCUUGUUUUCACUACCGGUUCCUCCAGCAAACUCUGACGAACCAAAGGACGAAGCUCCUUAUUCAGCAAGAACUGUUCCUGAUUACUUAGAUCAGAAAAGAAUCCAAAAGCUUCUUAUUCUUGGAUCGCCUGGAGCUGGUACAAGCACCAUAUUCAAGCAGGCAAAGUUAUUAUACGACACUAGGUUUACCCAAGAAGAACUUGAUAGUAUCAAACUUAUGAUCCAAAGUAAUAUGUUCAAGUACCUUGGGAUCCUUCUUGAGGGCCGUGAGCGUUUUGAGGAAGAGGCUUUGGCUGGAUCGAAUAACCCAAGCUCAGAGGAUGAGAAUACGCAGCAUGAUGGAAAUAAAUCGAAUGGUUCAGAUUCUUGCAUAUACUCGAUAAAUGCAAAGCUGAAGAAGUUCUCGGAUUGGCUUUUGGAUAUAAUAGCAAUGGGAGACCUCGAUGCAUUCUUCCCUGCAGCUACGCGUGAAUAUGCUCCAAUUGUUGAGGAAAUGUGGAAGGAUCCUGCCAUACAAGCAACAUAUAAAAGAAAAGACGAAUUGCAUUUUCUCCCUGAUGUUGCCGAAUAUUUCUUGAGCAGGGCCAUUGAAGUAUCAAGUAAUGAGUAUGAACCUUCAGAGAAAGAUAUAAUAUAUGCUGAAGGAGUAACACAAGGGAAUGGAUUAGCCUUCAUUGAGUUUACUCUGGAUGACCGUAGCCCUAUGUCAGAAAUGUACACUGACAAUCAUGAGCCUCACUCUCAGACACUAAACAAAUAUCAGCUGAUUAGAGUAAGUGCCAAGGGAAUGAAUGAGGGAUGCAAGUGGGUGGAAAUGUUUGAGGAUGUCAGCAUGGUAAUAUUCUCGGUAGCACUCAGUGACUAUGACCAGCUGGGGGCCCCUUCAAGUGGUGGCAACAGUCCCCUUGUGAAUAAGAUGAUCCAAAGCAGGGACUUGUUUGAGGCUACAAUCAGGCAACCAUGUUUCCGCGACAUGCCAUUUGUUCUUGUGCUCAACAAGUUCGACCUCUUCGAGGAGAAAAUCGGGCGCGUCCCGCUCUCCACCUGCGAGUGGUUCAGCGACUUCUGCCCUCUCCGGACUCACCACAACAAUCAGUCGCUGGCUCACCAGGCGUUCUACUAUGUCGCGAUGAAGUUCAAGGAGUUGUACGCCGCCUGCACGGAUCGCAAGCUGUUCGUGUGGCAGGCGCGAGCCCGCGACAGGCUGACCGUCGACGAGGCCUUCAAGUUCAUCAGGGAGGUGCUCAAAUGGGAGGAUGAGAAGGAUGGGGGUGGGUACUACCCAGAUGAGUCCUUCUACAGCACCACAGAGCUCAGCUCCUCACGUCUGAUCAGACAAGAAUGAUGCACAUUUUGCCCAGAAAGAAACUGGAGAUUGUUGCUCUUCUUUUUUCAGUAGUAUUUUUUCCCCUGGGUGAUUUGCAACCGAUUUCGUUCUGUGCAGGCAGAGAUCUCGUUACUGAUUGUAUUGUAUAGUAGUAUUGCUGUAUUAGUUUGUCAGAUGGAGAUGAUGAUUAUUGUGUGUUCUUUAUAGAUCAUUAAUUAAUACACUUUCAUACUAAUUUGCCAGUCAAAUAUAGUGGAGGACGAGAAAUGGUUAGCUUGUAAAAUCAUUAUCAUGCGUGUUUUGUGACUUGUGUAAGUUGUGUUGUGUGAGCUUAUAAAA